GUGCUCCUGAGUGCUCCGUGGGUGUUUGACACGGUGUGUCGUCUGUCGACUUUUCUCCUGGAAUAUUUUCGAAAAACUGCCCUCGGGGGCCCCACUCGGAACAAUUGAAAAUAUGGCCACCUAACAGAAGCCGUCAACUCGUCUUUUACGCCCGGGGCGUAAAUGAGUGAAGUCAGCGAGUGAAGAGGAGUGGAGAGGAGGGAAAGGCAGCAAAUGUAUAAAAAUGAAUGAUAUCGAAAGCAUCGGUAUGAGUGGUGGUUCAAAAAUGCCUCACAGCCAUUCUACACCGGCCGGUGUCGAUGGUGGAAGUCGGACACCACCCACAACCCCCAGAAAAGCCGGAAAGAUGCUCGCGGUUCGAAUACAGAUGCUGGAUGACACCAUCACGAUGUUCCAAGUGCAGGCAAAAGCAUUGGGCAGAGUUCUCUUUGACCAAGUUUGCAAACAGUUGCACCUUCUCGAAGCGGAUUACUUUGGCCUCGAGUACCAGGAACUCAGCGGAACGAGGUAUUGGCUGGACCUAGAAAAACCAGUUUGCCGACAAGUGGGGCUGUCGCUGGUCGAUCCGCUCCUGAGGUUUUGCGUCAAGUUUUACACGCCUGAUCCGGCCCAGCUCGAGGAAGAGUUCACCAGAUACUUGUUUUGUCUACAAAUCAAACGAGACUUGUCUCAGGGUUUGCUCCAGUGCAAUGACAACACUGCAGCUCUUAUGGCGAGCUACAUUGUUCAAGCCGAGUGUGGAGAUUAUAUGAUAGAAGAUUAUCCUGAUCACACGUAUUUAUCUACUUAUAAAUUCGUGCCUCAUCAAGAUCAAGAGUUGGAAAGGCGUAUAAUGGAAAAUCAUAAGAAACACGCAGGACAGUCUCCUGCGGAGGCAGACCUCAAUCUUCUGGAAACUGCUCGGCGCUGCGAACUCUACGGAAUGAAAAUGCACCCUGCGAAAGAUCAUGAGGGAGUCUCCCUGAAUCUGGCAGUUGCACACAUGGGUAUUGUAGUCUUUCAACACUAUACCAAAAUCAAUACCUUUAGUUGGGCGAAAAUUAGGAAAAUCAGUUUCAAGCGAAAACGAUUUCUCAUCAAACUUCAUCCCGAGGGCUACGGCUAUUACAAGGACACGGUCGAGUUCUUCUUCGAGGGUCGCAACGAGUGUAAAAACUUCUGGAAGAAAUGUGUCGAAAAUCAUGGUUUCUUCCGCUGCUCCAUCGUGAAACGCGUGAUUCGUCAAAAGACGCGAGUUCUCAGUCGUGGCUCGUCUUUCAGGUACAGUGGCAAGACGCAGAAGCAAAUUGUCGAAUUUGUUCGCGACAACUACGUGAAGAGGCAGACAUUCCAAAGGUGA